AGCCAACUUGGAAGUGGUCCAUUGAAAGGUUGCUAGCGCGACCUCCUGUACUGUAGAAUGUAGUAUGGACCAUAGGACAGGACGAAGAAGUCCCGUUAAGAAGCUGUGGAGGCCUAAGAUGCUCUACUAGUCUGCUGGAAAUCCAAAGAAGACGAAGGAGUAAAAAGCAAAAUGGCGUUUGACAGAGAAGGCCUAAACGUGGCCACUGGCCAUUAUUGUUUCUGUAUUUGUAUUUAGUGCAUACAUGUACGCAUGUAUGUCGUGUAAUAGAUGAAACAUUGUUAGUCAUUGUUUGUAUCCGGAUACAUUAGUCUGAGCGCACUUCAUGUGCUAGCUUAGCUUGCUAGUUAGCUUAGCUUGUUAGCUGCUAACAAAGAGACGCGGACGUUAUCAACACAUCGCUAAGUAGAGAUCAAAUGUGAGUGUAAAGUGUUGUGAUUGUGUGAAAAUGUGCGAAAGAACGAUAGCAAAGUAUGAGGAGGAACUUUGUCCAACAAAAGAGGAGAAGGAGCGACAACAUCAACUACUAGACGCUGUUUUCAAGAAACAUCAAGUUGUGUUACACAGAACAGACAUCCAGCAGCCGGCCGACACUAAAGAGGAAGAGGAGGAUCCACAGCCCCCCCACAUUAAAGAGGAAGAGGAGGAAGUGUGGAUCACUCAGGAGGAAGAGUGUCUUCUCGGGCAGGAGGAGGCUGAUCUCACCAAGUUUCCACUGACUGUUGUCUCUGUGAAGACUGAAGAGCAUGAAGACAAACCACCUGAGUCCUCACAGCUUCAUCACAGUCCAAACGUCUGUGAAGAACAACUUCUGCCUGAAAAACAGGAGUGUAGCUUCAGGAUGGUGAAGGAGGAUCCAUCAAAGAGGAAGACCAGGCACCACAGACCCUCUGGUGUCUCCUUUUCCUCUUUGACACAGACCCUUCCCUAUAAAAAGGAAGAGGAAGACUCACUGACCCCCCACAUUAAAGAGGAAGAGGAGGAUCACAGGAUCAGUCAGGAGGGAGAUCAUAUUGAAGGACUGGUGGAGUUCCCAGUGAUUGGUGUCCCUGUGAAGAGUGAAGAUGAUGAGGUCAAAGGUGAAAGUGAGGAGAAGAGAGAGGCGGAGCCUCCAAGCAGCAGCUCAACACAACACAUGACAACAGAAGCUGAUGGAGACCACUGUGGAGGAUCACAAGCAGACAAGCUCUUAGCUCCACUAUCAGAUAGUGAGGACACAACGUCACACUCUCCUGACACUGAUGAUGAAGACUCUAAAGAUAAUAAGACAUGUCACACUGACAACACCCACUUGAAAUGUUCUCACUGUGACAAAUGCUUUCAUUCCCGUUCUUAUCUGAAAAUACACAUGAGAACACACACUGGAGAAAAACCGUUUUCCUGUUCAGAAUGUGGUAAAUGUUUUACUAACAGUCAGAGUUUGAAAGUGCACAUGAGAACGCACACUGGAGAAAAACCAUUUUCCUGCUCAGAAUGUGGUAAAUGUUUUACAGUAAGUCAGAGUUUAAAAGUACACAUGAGAAUACACACUGGAGAAAAACCUUUUUCUUGUUCAUUCUGUGGUAAAGGUUUUACACAAAAAAAUGUGUUAAACGAACACAUGCCAAUACACACUGGAGAAAAACCUUUCACCUGUUCGAUAUGUGGUAAAAGUUUUACACACAGUCAGAGUUUGAAAAAACACACAAUGUUACACACUGGUGAAAAACCUUUUAUCUGUACACUCUGUGGCUCAUCUUUUACAAGGAAGGAAUAUUUGAAAGUGCACAUGAGAACACACACUGGUGAAAAGCCUUUUUCCUGUUCAGUCUGUGGUAAAGGUUUUGCAGAAAGUCAACAUUUGAAAAAACACACCAGAACACAUACUGGAGAAAAAUCACAUUCCUGUUCAAUCUGCAACAGAAGCUUUUGUGAACGAUCAACCCUUAGAGCACACAUGAGAACACACACAGGAGAGAAAGUGUUGAGUUGCAGUGUGUGUGGUGAAAGAUUCUCUUAUAAGAAGCAGUGUAAGAAACACAAGUGUGCUGGUGAGAACAGCAGCAGCAAAUGAAACUGCAGGAUUUGAAAUAAACUGUCAAAACUUUAAUUUUGAGUUUGUAACAACAUCCACACAUAAAACAUUUGUGACAUUGUUGUUUGCCUAACAAUCUUUUAUUAUGCUUCUACAUUUAUAGAUUAGUUAUUUUCUAUAAGUGUGAGUACAUGCAAAGUCAUUUAUCAACAACACCCAGAAACGCCGCCGGCUUUGCAGGGUCCAAACUCUUCUAAGAUGGACUGAUGCAAAGUGGAAAAGUGUUUUGUGGUCUGACGAGUCCACAUUUCAAAUUGUUUUUGGAAACUGUGGACGUCGUGUCCUCCGGAACAAAGAGGAAAAGUACCAUCUGGAUUGUUAUAGGCGCAAGUUUCAAAAGCCAGCAUCUGUGAUGGUUUGGGGGUGUAUUAGUGCCCAAGGCAUGGGUAAUUUACACAUCUGUGAAGGCACCAUUAAUGCUGAAAGGUACAUACAGGUUUUGGAGCAACAUAUGUUGCCAUCCAAGCAACGUCAUUUUCAUGGACGCCCCUGCUUAUUUCAGCAAGACAAUGCCAAGCCACAUUCUGCACAUGUUACAACAGCGUGGCUUCAUAGUAAAAGAGUGCGGGUACCAGACUGGCCUGCCUGUAGUCCAGACCUGUCUCCCAUUGAAAAUGUGUGGCGCAUCAUGAAACCUAAAAUCCCACAACGGAGACCCCCGGACUGUUGAACAACUUAAGCUGUACAUCAAGCAAGAAAGGGAAAGAAUUCCACCUGAAAAGCUUCAAAAAUGUGUCUCCUCAGUUCCCAAACGUUUACUGAGUGUUGUUUAAAGGAAAGGCCAUGUAAUACAGCGGUAAAAAUGCCCCUGUGACAAAUUUUUUCCAAUGUGUUGCUGCCAUUAAAUUCAAAGUUAAUGAUUAUUUGCAAAAAAUAAAAAAAUAAUUGCUCAGUUCGAACAUUAAAUAUCUUGUCUUUGUCUUUCGUCUAUUAAAUUAAAAUAUAAGUUGGAAAGGAUUUGCAAAUCAUUGUAUUCUGUUUUUAUUGACCAUUUACACAAUGUGCCAACUUCACUAGUUUUGGGUUUUAGAUUCAUAAUACAAUUUUAGACUUAUUCAUAAUAGUGUUUUCUAUAGGUGUUUGAAAUAUUGAAGUAUUACAUAUUUGUAUUUCCAAUUGUUAAUGAUCCCAUAGAUUAGCACCUUUAUAUGAUAUACAUAUGUACUGGUUCACAUCUGAAACAUAUUCUGGACCACUUCAGGAAGCAUAUUAUUAUUUACUUUAUACAUAAUUUGAAUGGUUGUCUUUUAUACAAUUCGAAAAUGUGUGACUUUAUUACGGAGCCCCUAAAGGGACAUGGGGGACAUUUUGUAUUUUUAUUUUUUUAGAUGUGUAUGUGCGAGAUAGUUUUUCGUGCGCACGAGAUAGUUUCUUGUGCGCACGAGAAAGCAUUGGAUGCGUGCGGAUGGUUUGAGGUGUGUGUGAAAAUGCCAGUUCAGGAGUUAAUUUGGCUGUAUUUCCAACUAGGACUUUCCCCCAUGUGUGUUGUGGCAAAAUAUGAAUGCCUGACAAAAAUGUAUUUCCUUCGCUGGAGCGCACAGCGCUCGCUGACCCUGCAUUUUUGUCUUGGUGUGUCCACAGCAAGACAAACACUGUAUCUCCGUGGUUAUUGUAUCGCUGUGUGUUUGACAUUUUUUAAGAAUUCAUCGUGCCCGGAAAUGGACUGUUUGCCUCUUCUGUGGGAUUAAUGAGAUUUAAAGGACCGUUAGUCCGACGUUGAUGUGAUAAAACCUCUUUCUUGUUUGGAAGAUACAUACAAUUGUAACUGUUGUUUCUUCCUGCACAUAAUAAAUAUGUAC